AGACAACUUGUGAUUCAAUCUUUCUUUGUUUCUUUAUUUAUUUUUAUUUAAUCUUGAAAUUAAAGGAAAAUUCCAGUAGAGGCUACGCUGGCCUAAGUCGUGGGAUCUCACAAGUAAUUCAUACGUUUCCCGGUUGAAAUCAACCGUUAAAUUUACGAGUUAAUUCUCAUUUUAUUAGCUGAGACUUUAAGAAGCAUAAAAUCCACUCCUAUUUUUUCUCCUUAAAUUAUCUCAUAAUAAUUUUUUUAAAAAAAUUUACAUUGUUUUUUUUAAAAAUGACUCCUAUUAAAAUAUAAUUCUUUUCGGUGAAUAAAAUUCACAAAUUUUUACUUUUAGCCCAAGGUAGAGAUGAUUCAUCGCCGAUACAAUGCAGAAGUCUUGGUUCCGUGUAAUAUGAUAUAUACAUAUAUUUGUAUGCACUGCUCUAUGUAUUGAUUCAACCUGUGCUGUCAAUCAAUCGGAGAUAUAUAGAUCGAUCCAUUUCAGCUGUUGCUUUGAUUGUUUGGUGCUUCUCUGCAAUCGGUGAAGAUGGUGUUGGCGGAUUUAGGAGGGAGAAUCUCCCACGCGAUACAGCAGAUGACCAAUGCCACGGUCAUCGACGAGAAGGUCCUCAACGACUGCCUCAAUGAGAUCACCCGUGCCCUCCUCAGCUCCGACGUUCAGUUCCAGCUCGUCCGUGACAUGCAGAAGAACAUCAAGGCCAUCGUCAACCUCGACGAGCUCGCCGCCGGCCACAACAAGCGCAGGAUCAUCCAGCAGGCUAUAUUCAAUGAGCUUUGCAAGAUGUUGGAUCCCGGGAAGCCUUCUUUUACUCCAAAAAAGGGAAAACCAAGCAUCGUCAUGUUUGUUGGUUUGCAAGGGUCGGGAAAGACUACGACAUGUACCAAGUAUGCUCAUUAUCAUCAGAAGAAAGGUUGGAAGCCAGCUCUUGUUUGCUCUGAUACUUUCAGAGCAGGUGCUUUUGAUCAAUUGAAACAGAAUGCCACCAAGGCUAGAAUUCCAUUCUAUGGAAGUUAUACAGAGUCGGAUCCGGUGAAAAUUGCUGUGGAAGGCGUCGAGACAUUCAAGAAGGAAUACUGCGAUCUGAUCAUAGUGGACACUAGUGGGCGUCACAAACAGGAAGCCGCCCUUUUUGAAGAAAUGCGGCAAGUUUCUGAGGCAACGAAUCCGGAUCUCGUUAUAUUCGUCAUGGAUGGCAGUAUGGGGCAAGCUGCAUUUGAUCAAGCUCAGGCAUUCAAGCUGAGUGUUCCUGUCGGAGCUGUUAUCAUUACGAAAAUGGAUGGUCAUGCAAAGGGAGGUGGUGCUCUUAGUGCUGUUGCAGCAACAAAGAGUCCAGUUAUCUUCAUGGGUACUGGCGAGCAUAUGGAUGAGUUUGAGGUCUUUGAUGUUAAACCUUUCGUCAGCCGUCUUUUAGGUAUGGGCGACUGGACUGGAUUAAUGGACAAACUCCAAGACGCAGUUCCCGAGGAUCAACAGACAGAUCUUGUGGAAAAGUUUAUGGGAGGGAACUUCACCCUGAGGACUAUGUAUGAGCUAUAUCAGAGCAUACUUAACAUGGGUCCGCUGAGCCAGGUCUUCUCCAUGAUGCCAGGAUACCGCGAACAGAUGAUCCCCAAGGGCCAGGAGAAAGAAAGCCAAGCAAAAAUCAAGCGUUGUAUGACAAUAAUGGACUCCAUGACAAACCAAGAGCUUGACAGUACAAACCCCAAGCUAAUGAAUGAGUCGAGGAUAUUGAGGAUAGCGAGAGGAUCAGGUCGGCAGGUUAAAGAAGUAAUGGAGAUGAUGGAAGAAUACAAGAAGCUGGCCAAGAAUAUGAAGAGUGUGAUUCCGAAUAAGGGCAAUAAGAACUUGUUGUCUCAGAACAUGAACGCGCAGCAGAUGAGCCGAGUCCUUCCGCCACAGAUGCUGAAGCAGAUAGGUGGGAUGGGAGGCUUGCAGAGCUUGAUGAAGCAGAUGAGUUCGGCUAAGGACUCGAUGGGGAUGUUCGGAGGCAAAGCAGAGAAGACUCGUAAGAAGAAAACCUGAGACAGCUGCUUUGGACUCUGAAUGGUUGUGAAGAGCUCGGGUUCAUCUUGACCAUAACUUUGCAUCUGGGAGGCAUUGGGCGAAAGAGUGCAACAGUAUGAAUUCAUUCCAAUAGCUCAGGUUCAUCGACAAGGGAUAGGUCACAGAGAAAGACGAAGAACAAUUUUUUUUUCUAAGGUCAAGAAGGCCUAUUGUAUGCGAGCAAACUCAGACUUUGAAGUUUAGUAGAUUAGGCUUUGGAUCAUUCGGGUCUAACCCUAGCAUGUACAGUCUUGAUACUAAUCAUUAGAGGCAGUGUUGUUAUCGUUUCUCACCA